AUGCUCAUCCCAAGCCAAACUUCAGGCGCUAGUGCAACACUCUGCCCUCAUGGCUGGGAGGCCUUUACCCAUCCGGAAGGCGCUCUAUACUUCUAUAAUGCUGAGCGGAGAAUCUUCACAGAUGCCAAUCUGUACAAACACAAAAAUGUUGACGUCAUCACGACGUGCGCGGACCGUAUCUUCGAAAUCGCAAUGGCGCAAGACAUCGACUUGCCUGAAAACGUGGAACUCACUCUGGAGAUCAUGGACGAACGAAGGUCAGGGUUGUGGCGCUGCGGCUACUACUUUGCAGAUCCCUCGAAUCGCAGCAUAUUUUGGGUACACCCUUUUCAAGCUGAACCAAUGUUCGGCAACGUCAAAGGGGUCAAAUCUCCAGGGCAUAUUAAAUAUGCCAUUGAGUCUCAGUACUGGAUGCACUGCGAGUUCUUUCCCAACAAUCGAAGUAUCGACGAGCCUCUCUUUCUUGAAGUCAAGGAAAUUAUCGUGCAUGCGAUAUCAGAGACUAUUACGUCUGAUACCUCGCUUGUACCCUUUGGUCGGGACGACUUGAGCAAGAUGUUGGAGAUUACCAGCUGUCUUGAAGGAAGUGUCAAUCAAAUUCGCCCUCAUUCAAUGUGUGUCCUGGCGCGCUCCAGGUUUUUCAACUUCUGUGGGCAAGUCGGGGCUCGUUUGGAUGCUGACCAAACUGUCUACCUCAAAGGCCGGCGCCGGAGAUCCAUCCUCCUCAACAUAGCGUCUCCCCUUCUUUUCGGCGCACCAUACAUCCACGCUCAAGGCUUGAACGCCAUAUGUGUUGACCAGCUCGUAAAUCACAUCUCGUGGAAGCGGUUCAUUGACAAGCUCAACUCGGAGUGGGAGGCAUUCACCCUAUACUCCACAAUUAUCUUGAAUGCUAAUAUCGCCUUCCUCGCUGUCCCUAACGUCAACCAUGCCGCCCGAAUAUCCAGCUAUGUAUCCACUGUCAGCAGCGUCGGCGCGAUCAUCCUAGGCUUGCUUCUCAUGCGUCUAAAUCGCACGCAUAAACGAGACUCUGCAGAGGAUGCCGUUAUUUUUAUGACAAGAAUAACACAUUCCUUGUCUGGAAAAGAGAUGCUGGCCAUCGUCUACAGCAUGCCUUACGCGUUCCUCUUGUGGGGCAUUAUCUUCUUCGUCCUUGCAUUCGCCUCCCUGGUUUUCCAGUACUCAGAUGAUAUAACACGUGUCCUGGUUGGCUGUGCAGUUGGCUUGGUGACGCUCUUCGUGAUAUGGGCGGUGUGGGAUUCACACACCGCCCUAUGGUGGCUGUAUCCAAUCAGGCAACGAAUCAAGAGGAACUUUCAGUAUUGGGCUAUGCGCAACCGCAUCUUUGGCAAAGUCACGCAUCAGCCGUCUGCGCGCCCUUCUCGGGAGGAAGGUGCAUUGAUGCCGCCAGACAACGACUCUGAAUCGGUAGCGACAGACUCAGAUUCGGAAGACUAG